CUCCUGACUUUGGGAGCAGGAGGGCAAACGGCCCCAAGAAACCUCUCCGGCAAUGGGAGCCACCCGCUUGCUGCCCAACCUCACACUGUGCCUGCAGCUGCUGAUUCUCUGCUGUCAAACUCAGGGGGAGAAUCACCCGUCUCCUAAUUUUAACCAGUACGUGAGGGACCAGGGUGCCAUGACUGACCAGCUGAGCCGGCGGCAGAUCCGUGAGUACCAGCUCUACAGCCGGACCAGUGGCAAGCACGUGCAGGUCACCGGACGUCGCAUCUCCGCCACCGCUGAGGACGGCAACAAGUUUGCCAAGCUCAUAGUGGAGACUGACACGUUCGGAAGCCGGGUGCGCAUCAAGGGGGCUGAGAGUGAGAAAUACAUCUGUAUGAAUAAGCGGGGCAAGCUCAUCGGAAAGCCCAGCGGGAAGAGCAAAGACUGCGUGUUCACCGAGAUCGUGCUGGAGAACAAUUACACGGCCUUCCAGAAUGCCCGGCACGAGGGCUGGUUCAUGGCCUUCACACGGCAGGGCCGGCCCCGUCAGGCCUCCCGCAGCCGCCAGAACCAGCGAGAAGCUCACUUCAUCAAGCGCCUCUACCAGGGCCAGCUGCCUUUCCCCAACCACGCCGAGAGGCAGAAGCAGUUCGAGUUCGUGGGCUCGGCGCCCACCCGCCGGACCAAGCGCACGCGGAGGCCGCAGCCCCUGACGUAGUCGGGGACCCGGGGGCCGCCCCUUCCUCUCCGGCUUUCCCAUCCCCUCCCUUCCUAAUCCAAAGACUGGGCUGGGUGUGGGGGCCGGGGAGCCAGGGCCCCCAAGGGGGAUGCGGAGGACCACGGAGCAUCCCAGCCACACACCCCCACCCCACCCCCGCUGGAAAGGGGCAGGACUGCCGCUAACUAGGGCGGCUCCCCGGGGCCCCACGCUAGAGUCUCCCCUGAGGGUGGGCGGGCCCCCGGGAAGGAAGGUAGAAAAGUCAGGCUCCCUGAACCGAAUGGGAAAGUCAGCGGAUUCAAGGCUCCUCAAAUUCUCCUCCCCGCGGCUCCCUCAGUCUGCCCCCAGCCUCCGAAUUCCUCCUGGCCAGACGGUAGGAAGGGACUUUUGUUUUGGUUUCAGAAAAGAAAAAAAAAAGAGGGAGAGAAAAAAAAAAAAGAGGGCUGGCCAUUCUUCACAUUCCACUACCCAGGCCUGCACCCCCAUCCCUCAACUCCCAGCCCCGGAAUAAAACCAUUUUCUUGCAAACAGGUUAUCUGAAGGGGGGCGGGGGAACUGCAAAACUGAACUGGGGACAAACUGGGACAAACUCCUCUCCGAGAGGAGAGGAGGCAA